CUCUAUCUACAUCUAGAAGCUGCUGUUAGCUCGUGGUCGCCGGAGCAGGCGGAUUCCGGCUGAUCCGGAGCAUUCCCGUGGACCCAUUUGCUUCCAUGUUCUGGAUGAUGCUGGGACGGGUUGGAUGAGGUUGGAGGUUUUCAAUAGUUUUGGGUUUGUGGCCUCGGUGAUCGGAAGUGAUGGUUUGAUUCUGAGGAGGAUCCAUGAGGAAUAAGGAGACGGCAUUUUGUUUGAUUAUUGUUGGGUGUUUAUUAGCUUUCAGUUUAUGGAUGGAUUUUCAGUUAGGUUGUUGGUGUAUGUUUUCUGGUACAUUUAUUAUAGUCUGAUUCGGGGAGGAAGACAGAUGAGACAAAUGGCUCUACAGGCUAGAAGGGAUUUCACAUAUAAAUUCUAAAAUAUAUGUAGUAAUGCCCUAUAGAUGAAAUCUCACAAAGUCUGGGAAGUAGGCAUUUGGGAUAAGCAAAGCAUGCCUGUUUUGCGCUCCAGACCAGCAUCAGGAAGGCCGAUAUGGAUUAUCGUCUUGGUUUCUCUGGUUUGUGCCUCAUUGAUUGUUGCUUACAUAUAUCCUCCGCGGCAUUACUCCGACUGCUACUUCUUCGCCUCCAGCGUUUGUAGCCCGUUCAAGGAUUGGUUUCCUCCCAUAAACUCUCGAGUCCUUACUGAUGAAGAAGUUGCUUCUCGCGUCGUUUUCAAAGACAUACUGUCGAUGCCACUUGCCGAAGUGAUCGUUCCGAAGAUAGCUUUCAUGUUCUUAACUCCUGGUUCGUUGCCUUUUGAAAAGCUCUGGGAGAAAUUUUUUGAGGGCCAUGAGGGUAAAUAUUCCAUUUAUGUACAUGCAUCUAGAGAAAAGCCAGUACACAUUAGCCCCAUUUUCAUUGGAAGAGAUAUUCAUAGCGCAAAGGUGGUUUGGGGAAAAAUCUCGAUGGUUGAUGCUGAGAGAAGACUUUUGGCAAAUGCUUUGCAAGACGUAGAUAAUCAACAAUUUGUGUUACUUUCAGACAGCUGCAUUCCACUGCAUAGUUUUGAGUAUGUGUACAAUUAUCUAAUGCUCACUAAUGUGAGCUUUAUUGAUUGUUUUGAAGAUCCCGGACCACUCGGCACUGGUAGGUAUUCUGCACACAUGAUGCCUGAGAUUGAGGAGAGCAGCUUCAGGAAGGGUGCACAGUGGUUCUCAGUGAAGCGGCAGCACGCUUUGUUAAUCUUGGCGGAUAGCCUGUAUUACACAAAAUUCAAACUUCAUUGCAAGCCUGGCAUUGAAGGACGCAAUUGCUACGCCGACGAACAUUAUUUGCCAACUCUAUUCUAUAUGAUUGAUCCUGUUGGUAUAGCAAAUUGGUCCAUCACUCAUGUUGAUUGGUCUGAAGGAAAAUGGCAUCCAAAAGCAUACCAGCUUGAAGAUGUCACCUAUGAGCUCUUGAAGAAUAUUACAUCUGUUGAUUGGAAUUAUCAUGUCACAAGUGAUGACAAGAAAGUAGAGCAGAUAAAGCCUUGCUUAUGGAAUGGAAAGAGGAGACCAUGCUACUUGUUUGCUCGUAAAUUCUACCCCGAAACUCUUGAAAAGCUAUUAAAUUUGUUUCCUAUUUACACAGAAUUAUGAAAAAUUCCUUUGCGUUCAUUAUUCUUUUGGAAGCAUAGACCUUCAUCUUGACUUCCCCAAAUUCAGAUUCUGAGAGGAGAAUGCUAAUUCAGCAGCACUGAACUAGCUACUAAUAUGAUAGUUACCUUUCUCCCUCAUAUUUUUUUUUUCUUUUUUUAAGUUUAUUUAUUUAUUUUUCUUUUCAAUUGAUGACAACCUUAGUUUUAUUUUUUUUUU